AUGACCUUCAUCCUUCGUGUCACGGUUAAAGGCUGGGAGAUCAUCACCUGGGUUAUCGUGAGUGUCACCUGGGUUAUCAGGAAGGUGGAAGCAGGAAGAGACAGGGGCAGGUACCCGGACAGGACAGGACAGGAGAAGAGGUCAGAGCCGGGACAGGGACAAGGCCAGGGGCAGGACCGGGCCAGGUCCCGGGUCACCGGCACCGGCACCGGCACCGGCGGAUCCCGGAUCCUGCAGGGCGGGGCUCGGGCUCAGGCUCAGCCCCCGGGGGCGGUGACAGGGGAGGUGACAGGGGAGGUGACACAGACGGAGGCUCGGGCGGUGUCGCUGGUGCUGGCGGGGUCGGAGCGUGCUGCAGCCCCAGCCCGGCCCGGCCCGGCCCGGCUCCGCUCGGGGGACCCGCGGCCGAGCGGGGCCAUGCGGGGCCGGGCCCCGCUCCGCUCCCCGCCGCUCCUGCCCCCGCUCCUGCUCCUGCUCCUGUUCCUGCUGCCCUUGGGAUCGGCACGGGCCGCGGCCGCGGAAACUUCUCCCCGUUUACCAGCUCCACAAAAUGUGGAGGUUUAUUCCUACAACUUCCAGAGUUUGCUGAGGUGGUCUCCUGUUGCAGUGGAGAAUGGCUCAGUGUUGUACACAGCCCACUACAGAACACUUUCCUACGAGGAGUGGAGUGGGAUGGGCUGUUCCCAGACCCCCCAGACCCAGUGUGGGAUCCCCCCCAGGCUGAGGAGACGCUGGACAAUCCUGCUGAGGGUCAGGGCAGAGCUGGGCAACCUCAGCUCAGCCUGGGUGCACCCUCCUCCCUUCGUGCCAGAGGCAAACACCACUCUGGGUCCCCCCAGGGUGAACAGUGUGAGUGUCAGCCCUGACUCCCUGCUCAUCAGCAUCAGCCCCCCCUUCCCCCCAGAACGUGGGGACUUCCUCCAGUACCUCGUGUCCUACUGGGAGAACACAACGAGUCCUACCAAAAAGCAGAUGCUAAGUGGAAGUGAGACACUAUUGCAGAUUGGAAAUCUGAAGGAAUCAACAGUUUAUUGCUUCAGCGUUCAAGUGAAGCUGAAGAUCUACUCGGGUCACUUGUUAGGAGAGCAGAGGGCUCCAGAGUGUCACAGAACUGCCCUCGGUGCAGCCACCCAAGCUUGGUACAUCACUGUCCUGUUCAUCGUGGUGUUAGUUUCUGUAAAUCUGCUGGUAGUUGCUUUGCUGUUCCUGUGGAAACACCACCAAAAAAUCAAAUACUGGGCUCAGCCACCUCUGCAGAUCCCAUCCCAUUUUGAGGAGUUCCUGAGGAACCCUGGCUUGGAGGAGCUGCACAUUCCUGCUGAGGAGGAGCCCCAGGUUGUUGUGGUUGGAGAAGGAGGUGGCCUGGAGGGUGUGGGAUCCUUCACCCAAAACCUCCAGGGACAGGGGGACACUGAAGGGCCACCCCAGUGAGGGUCACCUGGCCCAGCACUGGCCAGAGGCUGCUCCCGUGCUGUGCCUGCUGGCAAGGACAAUUCUGGGCAUGGAGCCUGGGAUCCCAGGAAAGAAAAUCCUGGAUCCAAACCCCUGGGAUCACAGGACAAUUCUGGGCAUGGAGCCUGGGAUCCCAGGAUAGAAAAUCCUGGAUCCAAACCCCUGGGAUCACAGGACAAUUCUGGGCAUGGAGCCUGGGAUCCCAGGAAAGAAAAUCCUGGAUCCAAACCCCUGGGAUCACAGGACAAUUCUGGGCAUGGAGCCUGGGAUCCCAGGAUAGAAAAUCCUGGAUCCAAACCCCUGGGAUCACAGGACAAUUCUGGGCAUGGAGCCUGGGAUCCCAGGAUAGAAAAUCCUGGAUCCAAACCCCUGGGAUCACAGGACAAUUCUGGGCAUGGAGCCUGGGAUCCCAGGAAAGAAAAUCCUGGAUCCAAACCCCUGGGAUCACAGGACAAUUCUGGGCAUGGAGCCUGGGAUCCCAGGAUAGAAAAUCCUGGAUCCAAACCCCUGGGAUCACAGGACAAUUCUGGGCAUGGAGCCUGGGAUCCCAGGAAAGAAAAUCCUGGAUCCAAACCCCUGGGAUCACAGGACAAUUCUGGGCAUGGAGCCUGGGAUCCCAGGAUAGAAAAUCCUGGAUCCAAACCCCUGGGAUCACAGGACAAUUCUGGGCAUGGAGCCUGGGAUCCCAGGAAAGAAAAUUCUGGAUCCAAACUCCUGGGAUCAUAGAAAAAAAUCCUGAACACAGAUCCUGGGAUCAUAGAAAAAUCCUGAACAUGUCCCCUGGGAUCACAGGACAAAUCUCAGUUUGUCCCCUGGGAUCACAGGAAAGAAAAUCCUGGCCCCAGAUCCUGGGAUCACGGGUCAAUCCUGAACAGCAGCCCUGCUGCUCCAGGGGCCCCUGCCCAGCUCCCUUGGCUCCUCACUCUGCCAAGAGCACUGGCAAGAGGGAAUGUGGAAGGGGAAGGAAAGGAACACUAAAUUGCCUGAAGACAGGUACAUAAAAGGGGUAAUUCCCACCCCAGCUUGGAGCAAUAACUGCACUUUAUUGAUGUGGAGUAACCUGGGAUUUUUGAGGGAGUGAAGAGUUGCAAUGUGAAUUAAUUCCAUUUGUACUGGUUUUCUUGCUGUUGGCAAUAAUACUCCCAUUAUACCCACCCCAGUCUGCUUUCCUGAAUCAUUUUAAGUGCAGGACAAACUUAAAAAGAAAUUUGUGAGGACUCUCCUGGGGAUAAACCUGUGCCAAGAACCCUUCCCAGAGAGAUCUGCUCUUAUCUGCUUCCUCCCACCCUCCUGGAAGCAUUAAUCUGCUCCUGCAGCCUGGCCAGGCCCUGCACACCACAAAGGACUUGAGCAGAAUUUUGCUCUUUUGAGUUUUUACAACGCUGGAUCACUGUCAGACACUAAGACCUCUUGUUGAGCACCAGCAGAAGAGAAGUUGACUGGCAGUUCUGGUUUUAGUGCCUUAAAGCAGAAGAGCCCACAUCAACCCCUGUGUGGUCUGGAGUGUCCAAUAAAGCACAAAGAACAAGUGAACCUCUUCUGUACUAAAAAUAUUGGGUUGUUUGUUUUUUUUUUCCUGGGUUUGAUAUGAAUUGUUUAAAAAAAAUAAAUUAAGAAAUGUGUUUUUUGUUUGGAGGGCUCUGGCAGAGCUGAGGUGCCACUGUCUGAGCCUUUCCAGGAACACCCCAGGCCAGCAGCUGCCAGAACUUCAUCAGGUGUUUCCUUGCAGAACAGAUCUCAUCCCUUGGCAUUGCAC